AUGUCGUUCAUUCUUGCUUAUCGAAAACCAAAAGAGAAACUGGCGAGGGCUCGGGCGCGAGCACCAAGCAUUCCCAGGCUCCAUGAGAAUCUUGCAAAGCUCAAAUCGAAGCCCUACAGGCUGUUAAAAUUCGAAGAGCUGCCUGAAUGGUACCAAGGUAACCACUUUACGAGAUCGGGCUAUCGACCAGUAUCCAACUCAUGGUCUACUUGUAUCUUUUCUCUCGGGCACCUCCACAACGAGUCGGUCAAUAUCUACACUCAUCUCAUUCCGGCCUUCUGUCUUGCUGUCGGCCAAGUUCUUGUCUACCGCGGUCUCAGCUAUUUCUACCCCGAUGCGUCAAUGGCUGAUUACGCCGUCUUCAGCAUCCAGGUCGGCGCUGCAAUCGUCACAAUGCUGCUUUCCUCUACCUAUCACACCCUUAUCUGCCAUUCCCAGGAUAUCGAGAACUUAAUGCUGAGAGUCGAUUAUGUGGGUAUCCUGACGCUGAUUUUAGGAAGCUUCUUUUCCGGAAUCUAUGUUGGAUUUUAUUGCGAACCUCUGCUCCGUCGAGUCUAUUGGGGCAUGAUCAUUUCCCUUAGCCUCAUCACGGCCAUACUGGUUUUGCACCCAAAAUUACAGGGUCUCAGAUAUCGGAGUCAUCGAACGUGGGCUUUUAUAUCCACCGCACUUUCAGGCUUCGCACCCAUCAUUCACGGCCUUUACCUCUACGGCUGGAGCGAGAUGUGGGUACGCUCGGGGAUGCCCUACUGGUUUCUGGAGGGCAUCGUGUACGGGAUGGGCGCUUUCUUCUUCGCGACUCGGAUACCCGAGUCGAUAUGGCCAGGCGACUAUGACAUCUGGUUUUCAUCGCACCAAUUUUUCCACGUCUUGGUGGUCAUCGCAAGUCAUGUCCACCUAUAUGGAGUUUGGGUGGCUUUUGAUUGGAACUACGAAAACCAAAGGUUCUGCCCUGCGAUCGGGUUAUAA